AUGAAUCUGCGUUCGGUAUUUACUGUAGAGCAACAAAGGAUUUUGCAGCGUUAUUAUGAAAAUGGGAUGACAAAUCAAAGUAAAAAUUGCUUUCAGCUCAUAUUACAGUGUGCGCAAGAAACUAAGCUGGACUUCAGUGUAGUCAGGACUUGGGUUGGCAACAAGAGAAGAAAAAUGAGCAGCAAGAAUGCAGAGUCUGGAUCCUCAACCCCAGGGACUAUACCUGGUACCCCUCAAGCAUCUCCAGAUAUGGCUGUCAGAAACAUAGUCAAUGUCAAUGUCGCUCGACCCCCAAGCCAGCAAUCUUCUUGGGCCUCUAACAAUGAUGUCAUAGUGACUGGUAUCUAUAGCCCAGCUAGUUCUUCCAGUAGGCAAGGAUCCACCAAACAGACAAAUGUUCAAAUGGCAGAAAGUCAUAAAAUCCCCAUUCAGAGAUCCUUGGGGAAAAAUGAGCCUGAAUUUCAGCUCCAUGUUCCUGUGCAGAGGCAAAUGGCACACUGUAAAAAUGCCUCGCUGCUCCUGGGUGAAAAAACGAUUAUUUUGUCAAGACAAACCAGUGUGCUGAAUGCUGGAAACCCUGUAUAUAACCAGGCCAAGAAAAACUAUGGAGGUGCCUCAGUCCAAGCUGCUGAAAUGCCAUUACCUCAAAAGUCAACGGCAUGCCACCGACCUUGCAAAACAGAACCAGUAGGGGGUCAAAGGUCAUAUAAGCCCGAGCAUUCAAGUCUCAUACCACACAGCUCAUCUGGACAAAGGGCAGGUGUCAGAGACCCUUACUGUAGUGCCCAAAACCUGGAAAUCCGGGAAGUGUUUUCAUUGGCCGUUAGUGACUAUCCCCAAAAAAUGCUUGGAGGGCACACUACACAGAAGCCUAGCUCAGCAGAAGGGAAUUACUUGUCCAUUGCAAUGGAGACAGGUGAUGUUGAUGAUGAAUAUGCCAGAGAAGAAGAGUUGGCCUUGAUGGGAGCCCAGAUCCCAAACUACUCAAGGUUUUAUGAAAGCAGUUCCCUUCGAGCUGAGAACCAAAGUGCAACUUUGCCUGGACCAGGGAGAAAUAUGGCGAAUUCACAAUUGGUGAAUGCCAGAGACUUGCCUGACAAUGUACUCUAUCAUAGAGACUACCACUUGGCACCACGGACCUCAUUGCAUACACCAUCCAGUACGCUGUACAGCAGUGCUAGUCCAUCACGAAGUCAUUUUUCUCCACAUUUUGUAUCAUCGAACCAAUUGAGGCUAUCACAAAACCAAAAUAAUUACCAGAUUUCAGGAAACCUUACUGUGCCUUGGAUUACAGGGUGUUCUAGAAAAAGAGCACUCCAGGACCGCACCCAGUUCAGCGACCGAGAUUUAGCCACCCUCAAGAAAUACUGGGACAAUGGCAUGACAAGCUUGGGCUCUGUUUGCAGAGAGAAAAUUGAAGCAGUUGCUGCAGAAUUAAAUGUUGACUGUGAAAUAGUCCGGACCUGGAUUGGGAAUCGAAGAAGAAAAUACCGUUUAAUGGGGAUUGAAGUUCCACCUCCCAGAGGCGGCCCUGCUGACUUCUCAGAGCAACCGGAGUCAGGCCCUUUGUCUGCACUAGCAUCAGGAGAGGAAGCUGGGCCUGAGGUAGUGGAGGAUAACGACAGGAAUGAUGAAGUAUCCAUCUGUUUAUCUGAAGGAAGCUCUCAAGAAGAGCCCAGUGAAGCAGUUCCAAAUGAAGCAAGUAGGCACAAGGAAGAAGACCCCAGCACAGUGUCCACAGACAAUGUGAAAAUAGAAAUAAUUGAUGAUGAAGAAAGUGACAUGAUAAGUAAUUCAGAAGUGGAGCAAAUGAGUUCUCUCUUGGAUUAUAAGAAUGAAGAAGUCAGAUUCAUGGAAAAUGAGCUGGAGAUUCAGAAACAAAAGUACUUUAAACUCCAAGCAUUUGUGAGAAGCUUGAUACUAGCCAUGAAAGCUGAUGAUAAAGAACAACAGCAGGCCCUGCUGUCAGAUUUACCUCCUGAAUUAGAAGAGCUGGAUUUCCAUCACGCCUCGCCAGAGCCUGAUGAUACCUCAUUCAGUUUGUCUUCUUUAUCAGAGAAAAAUGCCUCCGACAGUUUGUGA